GGUCUUCUCAAAUUUUGUACUUGUUCCAUACCUUUUGGAUUUCGUUGGUUUCCCCGUUGAUGACCAAUCGAAGCAGGUUUACAGACAUUUUGGUUAGUAGAAAUUGAAAUUCGUGGUAUCGUUCACUUCCGUGUUGAUCCCGGGGCGACGAAGCUCCAUGAAUAUCACCGGCCGGUUGCCCGAACCCCUCAUUCGGCUCUACAUCAACAACGACUGGAAGACCCCGGAUCUCGGAUUAACUUGUGUGAUCGGGACUGGUAUAAAUGAAGAUGUGACCCUUUGUCAUCUCAAGUUCAUAAAUCCAAACUUGUCUCUGACUUGCAACCCCCACCCUGUAGCAACAACCUCUCUAGUGGUGUUAGGCGCUGAGAUAGCCUUCGAUCUGCCACCCUAACUUGAAUACCUCUAAGCAGCGAUAUCUUACAGAAGUGAUAAAUACCGUGACGAGCAGCAAACAUGGCUCCGAGAUUGUUUUGGAUCGGAUUGGGCAACAUGGGACGGGGAAUGUCCGCAAACAUCGUGGAAAAAGCGAACCUCGACCAGCCGCUCCUGAUCUACAACCGUACCAAGCAAAGGUGCAUCGAUCUCAGCGAGAAGCUGCCCGCCGGAAAGACGGAAAUCGUUGACUCCAUUGCAGAGGGCGUGAGCAAGGCGGACAUCAUCUUCAACAUCCUCUCCAAUGACGCGGUGGUGGAAGCAUCCAUCGCUGAGAUUCUGAAGAAUGACGUCAAGGGCAAGCUUAUUAUCGAAUGCUCGACUAUUCACCCCGAUACGACCGAGAAGAUUGCUCAGCAAGUCGAAGCUGCGGGAGCUCAAUUUGUUGCAGCUCCUGUCUUUGGUGCCCCAGCCAUGGCGGACGCCGGUCAGCUCGUAGGUGUCCUGGCAGGACCCAAGGCCUCGGUGGACAGAGCUAGGCCUUACUUCAAGGGGGUCACAUCCAAGGCCGAGAUCAACAUGAGCGACGAGCCUUAUCGCAAGGCAUUGACGCUCAAGCUCAUCGGAAAUACCUUCGUUCUCAACAUGGUUGAGCAACUCGCCGAGGGCCACGUCCUAGCUGAGAAGUCCGGGUUGGGCACGGACUACUUGCACCAGUGGAUCGAGGGCAUGUUUCCGGGUCCCUAUGCGGCCUAUUCGACUCGGAUGCUCACGGGGGAUUAUCACAAACGCGAAUACCCUCUCUUUACCGUCGAUCUCGCGAGAAAAGAUGCAGGCCAUGCGAUGAGCCUUGCAAAGGAGGCAGGUGUGAGGUUGCACAAUGUGGAAACGGGCGAUGCCCACCUCGCUGAGCUCAAGGCGCAUGUUGGAGAGAAGGGUGAUAUCGCCGGUAUCUAUGGCGCGGUCAGGAUGGAGAACGGCUUGCCAUAUGAAAACGAAUAAGCGUGGAGCUGUAAUAUCUCUAGAAGUAUUGGGGUCUAAGCACUGAAGAGUACAGCUGUCAAGACUGGGGUGGCCGUUAUGAUGUUUGUACUAUUUUGGAAGGGUAACUUGUUAUCAGAUGAUCUGAUAUCCCCCGGUGUGGAGUAGCGACGGAAGAUAUCUGGAAGCUGUCUCGCUCAACAAUUUGUGGGGUUUUUUGCUUGACACACAGCGCAUCUCGGGCCACCUAACCAAUUGGAGCAACAACUGCGGUCACUGUACAUAUCCUCCCAGUAGUAAUGGCACCAGCCCCGGCCGUUCCUCGUGGUUGACACAUCAAGUACAAGACACAGCUUCUGCUUUUCAACAU